AUGACAGUAGUUUCCACAAUUAAUGGGCACCCUGAGCCAAUAGCUGUAUCUCAGCUACUUGAAAACAAUCGUUUGUGGGCCAAAGCACAGGUUGAAGCCAAGCCAGAAUUUUUUCAGCUUCUUGCUCAAGGCCAGCAGCCAGACAUUCUUUGGAUUGGAUGCUCAGACAGUCGAGUUCCUCCUACAGAGAUUUUGCAACUUGGACCAGGAGAUGCUUUUGUUCACCGUAAUAUUGCCAACGUCGUCGUGCCUUCUGAUCUGAGUUUUCUAUCUGUUUUGCAAUACGCUGUUGAAGUGCUGAUGGUGCGUCAUAUUGUUGUUUGUGGACACUAUUCGUGUGGAGGUGUACUUGCGGCAAUGAGUAGUAAACGAUUUGGUCUAAUUGACAAUUGGCUACAACAGGUUAAAGAUGUUUACCAACAGCACAUUGAUGUUAUUUCUGCGUUGCCUACCGAGAGCGAGCGUUCGGAUAUAAUGUGUGAGCUCAAUACUCUUAAUAGUUUGGCCAAAGUCACUAGUACUAGUAUUGUUCGUACUGCCUGGGAGCGAGGACAACCCUUGACUGUUCACGGUUGGUGCUAUAGAUUAUCAGAUGGAUGCAUUCGUGAUCUUGGUCUGAUUGUUGACUCGCAGGAAGGUUUAGACAUCAAACUUGCCAAGACGUUUGCCAACAAAAAACACCCUGUUCCGUGA